GUGAUGCAACUGCUUGAGGGGUGUGGAUUUCUACCACAUAUUGGGAUUGAUGUUCUUGUGGAGAAGUGUCUGGUUACUAUUUCAGAAGACAGAGUGAAAAUGCAUAGAAUAAUUCAAGACUUCGGCAGAGAAAUAAUCAACGGAGAAGUAGUACAGAUCGAGCGGCGUCGCAGACUAUGGGAACCUUGGACCAUCAAAUUUCUACUUGAAGAUGACAAACUCAAAGCAGACGUCAAAUCAACCUAUACACGUCCUCUGGGCACUGUAGACAUAGAAGGCAUAUUUCUAGACGCAUCGAACUUAAGCUUUGAUGUGAAGUCUGGUGCUUUUAAGGAUAUGCUAAGCCUUAGAUUCCUGAAGAUUUAUUGUUCCAGUUAUGAAAAAGAUAGUAGAGUCCUCCUUCCCAAAGGACUUGAUUCUCUCUCUGCCGUAUGAGCUAAGACUCCUCCACUGGGAGAACUAUCCUUUGAAAUCCUUGCCACAAAAAUUUGACCCAUGCCACCUUGUUGAACUCAAUUUGUCUUACAGUCAGCUUCAGAAACUUUGGGGAGGAACUAAGAAUCUCAAGAUGCUGAAGGUGGUCAGGCUUUGUCAUUCCCAGCAGCUAACUGAUAUUAACGAUCUUUGUAAAGCUCAAGAUCUCGAGCUAUUAGAUCUCCGAGGGUGUACACAACUGCAGAGUUUACCAGCCAUGGGUCAGUUGCGGCUUCUCAGAGUUGUGAACCUUUCAGGUUGCACAGAGAUCAGAAGCUUCCCAGAGGUUUCACCAAAUAUUAAGGAACUACAUCUACAGGGAACUGGUAUUAGAGAACUCCCAGUAUCCACUGUGACCCUCUCCUCGCAAGUUAAGCUUAACAGAGAGCUGUCCAAUCUUCUAACAGAAUUCCCGGGGGUUUCAGAUGUUAUAAACCAUGAGCGACUAACAAGCCUGAUCAAACCCGUGUCAUCUAAUCAACAUCUUGGUAAACUUGUUCGCCUUAAUAUGAAAGAUUGUGUUCAUUUGACAAGUCUGCCUGACAUGGCUGAUUUAGAAUUACUUCAAGUUCUUGAUCUGUCUGGAUGCUCAAAUCUCAACGAUAUUCAGGGUUUCCCACGAAACCUGGAAGAAUUAUAUCUUGCUGGGACGGCCAUAAAAGAAUUUCCACAGCUUCCCUUGAGUCUUGAAAUCUUGAAUGCACAUGGUUGUGUGUCUCUUAUAUCAAUUCCUAUCGGUUUCGAGCAGCUUCCUAGGUACUACACAUUCAGUAACUGUUUUGGUCUUUCGGAAAAAGUGGUCAACAUUUUUGUAAAGAAUGCUUUGACUAAUGUUGAGCGCCUCGCAAGGGAGUAUCAUCAACAACAGAAACUCAACAAAUCUCUAGCUUUCAGCUUCAUUGGGCCUUCACCUGCAGGGGAAAAUCUAACAUUUGAUAUGCAACCAGGAUCUUCUGUGGUUAUACAACUGGGCUCUUCUUGGAGAGAUACGCUUGGAAUUGCCGUAUUAGUACAAGUUACAUUUUCGAAGGAUUACUGCGAGGCUAGUGGUGGUUUUAACGUUACUUGUGUUUGCAGAUGGAAAGAUAAGGAUUAUGUCUCUCAUAAGCGAGAAAAAGACUUCCAUUGUUGGCCUCCAGAGGAAGAAGGUGUUUCAAAGGACCACACGUUCGUCUUCUGUGAUCUCGAUAUUCAUCCUGGUGCCUGUGAAGAAAAUGAUACCGGCAUAUUAGCUGACCUUGUCGUAUUUGAGUUCUUUACUGUGAACAAGCAGAAGAAGCUAUUAGAUGAGAGUUGUACAGUGACGAAAUGUGGAGUAUAUGUGAUAACUGCUGCAGAGCGAGACACAAGCCCUAACAUGACUCCAUCAUUUGAUUACCUGCAGGAGCUUUCUGAUAAUGAUGCUCGAAACGUAUAUGAUGGCUUAGACGAGGAUGAAAGAACUUUAUUUCUUUACAUUGCGUGUCUGUUCAAUGAUGAGGAAGCUUAUUUGUUGGCACCACUUAGCAAUGGCUUGGAAAUUAGUUCUGGGAUCAAGAUCUUAACCGAUAAGUCUCUCAUACAUAUAUCUCCAUACGGUGUUUUAGUACGAGAAGGCUUACUUCAGAAAAUAGGUAUGGAGAUGAUCAAUAGACGGAGACAGGCGCAAGCUUUGACCAAUUUAGCAGAUAUAGCCGGAGUGGAUUCUCGGAAGUGGGAUAAUAACGCUAACAUGAUAGAGAACUUGCCUCACUCCUUCAAGAUGCACUCUUCCAUGUGCUUAGCCUUGAAGAAAUUAGUUGAUAGAGUCAUGAAAAUAUUUCCUGAAAUAGAAGCUGCUAGACCCGGAUCUUCCACAGCGAUACAGCCUCUCAACGAAGCUUUGGAGAAAGCUAAGCUGCUUCUUCAAUACUGCAGUGAAUCCAGUAAACUCUACAUGGCAGUAACAGGAGAUGAUAUACUCACAAGAGGUUCUAGAUCCAAAAAGUUAUUAGAACAAAGCUUAGCUGACAUCAGAACCAUGGUUCCUACUGCUUUGGCUAUCCAGAUACUUGAGGUUCUCCAGGAUCUUAAGUCAACAGAGUUGUCUCUAGAAUCAUCUGAAGAAGAAGCUGGGAAAGAUAUUAGGGAACUGAUGCGACAAAGCACAUCUUCUUCUGAUGAGAUCAGAGAUUUCCACUUUGCAGCCCUAAAGCUCCAGCUCUCAACACCUGAAGCCGUUGCGGUAGAGAGAAGGUCCUUAAAGUCGCUUUAUGGGAAGCUAGGCGAGUGUGAAGGGAACAAGAGACAGAUUCUGAAGUAUCUCCUCUGCCUCCUGAAGAAGCAUGAGAAAAUCAUAUGGAGAGAUCACAAAGAUAACUCUCUCACACUGCAUCAGUCUUCGAAUGAUUCUGUGUGUGCUGGUGUUGCAGAUGCCGGGUGUUCUGAGGAAUACAAUGCAACACUUCCCGAGCAUUUCAAAUGCCCUCUUUCUCUUACCGUGAUGUAUGAUCCUGUCAUCAUUUCUUCGGGCCACACGUUUGAGAGGAUGUGGAUUCAGAAAUGGUUUGAAUGUAAUGAUUCAUGUCCUGUAUCGAAAAGGAUACUGGAUGAUUUCACAUUGCAGUCCAACGUAGCAAUGAAGGAUCAGAUAUCAAAAUGGUGCUCCAAGAAGGGUCUUGAUGUUCAAGAUCCAGCAAUGAAGCACGUAAACGCUUCACAUAAUCUUGACUUCUCCAUUCCUAGUUUUUCAAGUCCUCUGUACAAUAUCUCAGACCUCAGCUGUUUCAGGAGUAGUGACAUCAGUUCUAGCUUCUCCACUGAAUCAGAAACAGAAAUCAGAGAUUCUACUCACAGCGAGUGGGAGAUAGAACCCUUAUGUGAACUCAGUAAGCUUCCAUGGAAUGCGCAGGUCAAGGUUGUUCAAGAUGUAAGAAGUCUUUUUGAGCAAGAUUCUAAGGCUGCUCGGUCUAUGUCGCCGAGUAAAUUUAUUGAGCCACUUGUCACAUUCUUGAAGAAUGCUCAUGAAAGAAAUGGCACUGACGUAGUAAAGGAUGGAUUGGAGUUAUUAUUGACUUUCCUCAGUGGAAACCGAAGGGCUAUAGACUCUCUGGGAGAAGAAGUAUUUGAAAUGUUGUGUGUCUUUCUCGGGUCUGAGUUAGUAGCUGAAGAAACUCUAAACGUACUCGAGGUUCUCUCUAACCACCCACACCGUCUCUCCAAGAUAACUUCAACAGGCUCUCUCUCUUGCCUUUUGAAGAUCGCUGAGUCUGGAGCAGAAAAUCUUCAAGAACAAGCAAUGAUCACACUCAAGAAGCUGUGUUCAAGCAAUGAGAUUUGUCUGGAAAUGGUCUCUCUCGGUUUUGUCCAGAAGUUAACAUCUUUCUUGCAACAAAACGUCUUCAGCAAACACUCAAUCAUCAUGCUGAAGAAUCUCUGCAACACGGAGAAAGGUCGGGUUUGUGUAACCGAAACCCCGGGUUGUUUAGCUUCAAUAUCUGAUUUAUUGGACUCAAAUGUUUCCGAGGAGGUAGAGAAUGCAAUCUCCAUUCUCCUCCAGCUCUGUGUGGAGAAGAUAGAGUAUUGCUAUCUUGUGGUGAGAGAAGGCCUUAAUAUCUACUCAUCUCUUCUCUUGAUAUCCAACAACGGAACCGAGGAAGCGAAGGUGGGUGCAUCUGAAUUGCUUAGAGCUCUUGAAGAAGUAGAAGAAGUAGAAGAAGAAGAAGAAUCCUCCACACCACAAGAAGAAGCAACUACUUCACAGGUUGUUACUCAUCAGGAACCUAUAACAAAACCAUCUCCAAAGAAUUCUGGUCUUUUUGGACUCAGUUUCUCCAUUUCCAAGAAGAAGAUAAAACUAUAAGUUUUGUUAGGCUGUUUUUAACUUACCUUUUUAAGAAGCUAUCAUUUUUUGUGGUUCUCUUUGUUGAAUUCUGUAACCCAAACCCUUGGUUGUUUAGCUUCAGAAUCUGAGUUACUGGAAGCAAAUGUUCCCAAGGAGUUAGAGAAUGCAAUUGCCAUGUGCAGAGAAGAUAGAGUAUUGCUAUCGUGUGGUGAGAGAAGCGUUGAUAUUUACUCAUUUCUUCUAGAACCCAGGAAGGGAAGGUGCGUGCAUCUGAAUUGCUUAAGAGUUCUUGAUGAAGUAGAAGAAGAAUCCUCCACAACAGAAGAAGGAAUAGUCCAAGAUCUUUCUUAGUUCAACUGUGCCGACUCUAAAAUCAUCCGAGAAGCAGCUGUGAAAGCAGUUAGGGAACUGGUUCUAUGGAGCACAUCUUAUUCUGUGUCGUCUGAUGAGAUCAGAGAUUUCCAUUGUGCAGCAUUAAAGCUCCGGCUUUAAUGUCAUCAUUUCCACAGGCCACAACUUUAAGAGGAUGUGGUUUCAGAAAUGGCUCCACUUGACGUUUGACAUACUCCAUGACAGAAAUGGUGCCGCAGAGAUAAACGCUUGGAUUGGAAGUCAUUGGCUACCCUUAGUAAAAACAUGAAGGCUAUGGAAUCUUUAGAAGUAUAUUCCACCUUGGCCCAUUGGGAGACGGUCUUACGGGGUGGUUUGUUCCGCCCUCGACAGGGAGAUGAACAAGAAAGUUCCCGGUAAGAGCGUUUGUUAAGAAAAAGGAACUCGCAGUAACGUAAUUCUUAAUGUGUUUGCAUAUCUCCCUUAAGGACGUUAUGUUGUUUCCUCGUGGGAACAGCUUUAAAAAUGUUGAUAUAUAGUCUACGAGCAUAUGUAUUCUGGUUGGAAUCAGAUUCAUUAAACCCUUCUAGUCUC